AGUUUUAAUUUUCUUUCUGUUUUGACGUGUCCUUUAUUCAGCUCAGCUGUCUGUUCUUUUUUUGUCUGUGGUUUCUGUUUGCGUUUGCAGUUGUGGAACGAUUUUAGAUUUUAUUUUCUAGUUCUUUCUCGUGGUGGGCGAUUGUAUAAGUUGUAAUCAAAACAUUUCUUUAACAAGAUAUAUGUGCUCGUGGAUUUAUCUUUAGUCAAAAUAGCUGCUAACAACUAUGCAGGCGCCAAGCGCUUCCCGGGAGCAAGCGCCUCCCGUUCUGAGCACGAGUUCUACGAUCCUCAACAUGAGGGAGAAAGAGAAAUACAUUGAAGAUUUCGACUUCCCAUUCUGCGACGAGUCAUCAAAAUACGAAAAAGUUGCAAAAAUCGGCCAAGGAACGUUUGGGGAAGUGUUCAAAGCCCGGGCUAGGAAUAGCAAUAAAAAGUUUGUCGCUAUGAAGAAAGUGCUUAUGGAUAACGAAAAAGAAGGCUUCCCUAUCACAGCUUUACGAGAAAUAAAGAUCCUGCAGCUUCUAAAACACGAGAACGUCGUGAAUUUAAUAGAAAUUUGCCGCACGAAAGCUACCUUACACAACAAAUAUAGGUCGACAUUUUAUUUAGUUUUCGAUUUUUGCGAACACGAUUUAGCUGGUUUAUUGUCGAAUGUGAACGUGAAAUUUAGUUUAGGCGAGAUCAAGAAAGUGAUGCAACAGUUAUUGAAUGGAUUGUAUUAUAUUCAUAGUAACAAAAUUCUACACAGAGAUAUGAAAGCUGCAAAUGUAUUAAUAACUAAGAAUGGAAUAUUGAAACUGGCUGAUUUCGGUCUGGCGAGAGCGUACAGUGUAGCGAAGUCCGGACAGGCAAAUAAGUACACGAAUAGAGUCGUGACGCUUUGGUACAGACCUCCCGAGCUGUUAUUAGGUGACAGGAACUACGGUCCGCCCGUGGACAUGUGGGGCGCCGGCUGCAUCAUGGCUGAAAUGUGGACGAGAUCGCCGAUAAUGCAGGGUCCUACGGAACAGCAGCAGCUCAUCCUGAUCUCCCAACUGUGCGGGUCUUGCACCCCGGACGUGUGGCCCGGGGUGGAGAGCUUGGAUCUGUACAACAAGAUGGAGUUGCCAAAGGGGCAGAAGAGGAAAGUCAAGGAACGGCUAAAGCAUUACGUCAAAGACCCUUACGGCUGCGACCUCCUGGAUAAACUGCUCCAACUGGACCCCGCUAAGAGGUAUGAUGCGGACACAGCGUUGAACCACGACUUCUUCUGGACGGACCCGAUGCCGUGCGAGCUCGCCAACAUGCUGGCGCAGCACACGCAGAGCAUGUUCGAGUAUCUCGCGCCGCCGCGCAGGCCUGGUCAUCUGCGCCACCACCACCAUGUGCCCGGGGCCCAGCCGAAACCCACGCAGGCCGUUGAUUCCGGUUACCAGGACAGAGUCUUCUAGGUUUAACGUUGUUGGCGGACUUGUAGCACCACAAGUUGGCCGACCGAUCCACUAUAGUGCUAUCACUCUUUUAUAAGGCGGUAUCUGUAAUAUUUGAAUAAAGAAUAAAGCAAUCUACCGCCGAAUACGAUUGAAAUGGAAAUAAUAAAAUAACGACCUUAUUGCAAGCGCGUGAAAACUUAAUAUCCAAGUGUUACUUGCUGUCGCUCGUAAUGGCGGACAAUUUGAUUCGCUGGUUUAAAUGGAGCGCUCUGAUUGGCUCGAUCGUUCAAUUAUUGUUAC